AUGUUUUAUAAUAAUGUUUAUGGUGGCACAGAUAAUGGGUCAGAAAGGGCAGAACGUGAAGAGCAAGAGUUGGCAAAUAUACCAUCCACAGCAACUCUUAGCUUAAGUAGUUAUCCAAGUGUAUCCUCUAAUAGCCCACCUGUUUCAUCAUGA